GGCCGGCGGCGGCGGUGGGCGCCGCGGGGCCGGGGACGCGGGGCCAUGGACGAGGCCGAGCCGAGCGAGCGCAGCCCUCUGCUGAGCAGCGGCGAGCGCGGGCGGGCGGCGAGCAGCGCCUUCCAGGGCCGGCGGCUGGCCUGCGCCGCCGUGCUGCUGGCCGAGCUGCUGGAGCGAGUGGCCUUCUACGGCAUCACCUCCAACCUGGUGCUGUUCCUCAACGGGCCGCCCUAUGGCUGGGAGGGCGCGCAGGCCAGCCAGGCGCUGCUGCUCUUCAUGGGCAUCACCUACCUGGUGUCGCCGUUCGGGGGCUGGCUGGCUGACGCGCUGCUGGGCAAGUUCGGCACCAUCCUGCUCAGCAUGGCGCUCUACCUGCUGGGCAUGCUGGCCUUCCCCGUCAUCGCCGCGCCGCACACCCGCCAGGGCCUCUGCGGGGACAUCCCCCUGUUCCCCGUGGAGAACUGCUCCUCGCCGGCCGCCAACGCCACCCCGGCGCCCUGCUCGCAGGCGGGAGCCACCCGCUACUGCGCCACCGCCACCUUCGUGGGACUGGUCCUCGUGGGGCUGGGCGUCGGCUCGGUCAAGGCCAACAUCACCCCGUUCGGGGCAGACCAGGUCAAAGACCGGGGUCCAGAAGCCACAAGAAGGUUUUUUAAUUGGUUUUAUUGGAGCAUUAAUUUGGGAGCUAUCCUCUCUCUGGGAGGCAUUGCCUACAUCCAGCAGAACGUGAGCUUUGUCAUCGGGUACAGCAUCCCAACAGUCUGCAUUGGCAUUUCCUUCAUGGUUUUCUUGUGUGGGCAGAGCUUCUUCAUCACCAAACCUCCCGAUGGCAGUGCCUUCACCGACAUGUUCAGAAUUCUCACGUACUCCUGCUGCUCCAAGAAGAGCCACGGGGAGCACGCAGCAAACAGUGAAGGCCAGGGAGUGCUGCACCCGCCUCGCAAGCAAAGCCUCUUCGAGAUGGCCAAGCUGUCUCGGGGGGGCCCCUUCAGAGAAGAUAAGGUGGAGGAUGUGAAAGCUCUUGUCAAGAUUAUCCCUGUCUUUCUGGCUUUAAUACCUUACUGGACAGUGUAUUUUCAAAUGCAGACAACGUAUGUACUGCAGAGUCUGCAUCUGAAAAUCCCCGAGAUCUCCAACGACACCAACUCCAUCCACACGUUCCCAGCAGCCUGGCUGACGAUGUUUGAUGCAGUGCUUAUCCUGAUCCUGAUACCCCUAAAAGACAAACUGGUGGACCCCAUUUUGAAGAGGAAUGGCUUGCUGCCAUCCUCACUGAAGAGGAUUGCAGUUGGAAUGUUCUUUGUGAUGUGCUCUGCCUUUGCUGCAGGAAUUCUGGAAAGCAACAGACUGAAAAUUGUGAAGGUUAAAACAAUUAACCAGACAAUUGGGAAUGUUACCUACCAUGCUGCAGAUUUGCCAAUCUGGUGGCAGAUUCCUCAAUAUGUGCUGAUUGGAUUCAGUGAAAUCUUUGCAAGUAUAGCAGGCCUAGAAUUUGCAUAUUCAGCUGCUCCCAAGUCCAUGCAGAGUGCCAUUAUGGGGCUGUUCUUUUUCUUUUCGGGCAUUGGCUCCUUUGUUGGCUCUGGAUUGUUGGCACUGGUGUCUAUUAAAGAAAUUGGCUGGAUGAGUAAUCACACAGAUUUUGGCAACAUUAACGGCUGCCAAUUGAACUAUUACUUCUUCCUGCUGGCUGCUGUCCAAGGAGCCACCCUGCUGCUCUUCCUCAUCGUCUCCGUCAAGUACGAGCGCCACAAGGGCAAGGCGGGCGAGGCGGCUGCCAACGGGAGGCUGUGAGCCGGGCACGGCUGCCAGCAGCACCAGGGAAGGGCAGUGCCCAGCCACGAGCUCUCUGCCUGCCCAGGGACCCUGCAGCCCUGCCCGUGCCAGUGGGGAAGUGCCUUAGGGCAGGGCUGUGUCUUGCACUACGCCUGGCAGAGGUGACUGCACUGCGGCCGAGCUGCUGCUGCUGGAGGGGAGUGUUUCCUGAGCUCCUGAGGCUGGCACACCCCGGGCAGAGCUGCUCCUGCUCCAGGGGAGGUGUUUCCUGAGCUCCUGAGGCUGGCACACCCCGGGCAGAGCUGCUCCUGCUCCAGGGGAGGUGUUUCCUGAGCUCCUGAGGCUGGCACACCCCGGGCAGGGCAGGGACUCACAGGGGCUGUUCUCACCCCCACUGGACAUGGAUCACAGACACACUCUGCAGGCCAAGCCUGCCCCGAGGACACGGGACAGAAACCACUGACAGGAGCCUCAAGCAGCACGUGGGGUUCAGUGCUGGGAGUCAUUCUGGGGUGACAAAUCACAAAUCAGCACAGCUUCAGAUUUAUUAUUGACCUGUUACUGACAGUGUAUCAAGGAUUUCAGUCCAGACUGAAUCCUGAAUGCCAGGAGCUGUCAGACAGCUGCUGCAGGCUGCUGCACCAUUCACACUCCUUGGGACUGAAGCUGUUUGACUGCAGCAAUGUUUUUAUUUUUGAGCCUGCAUUAGAUGUGUUAGGACAACAGCCACCUUUGCACAAGGCCCUGUUCAGUCUAACACUGUUCCUCCCCUAAGGACUAUUCCAAACAUUUGCAGGAAGCAAAGCAAGCUGGAAUUGUGAGCAGAUCAAUGCACAGUAACCAUUCAGCAGCCUUUAGCCAGGUCCUUCCUUCUUGUCUUACUUUUAGUUAACGUGCUCCAGGGUUUGGAUCUUUGAGCAACACAUUCCUCCAGCAGAGCAAAUGGCUUUAUGUUCAGCCUCUUGAAUUUUAAUGAUUCUAACAACUGUACUACUUCAGAGUGUGUGCAGACUGGUAUGGAAGGUGCAAGGAAUUAUGCAGAAAGAAAAUAAAGCCUUUUUAUUAAUGUGUUGAAUUUUUAUAGUUUCCUUUGUCUGCGGUUCUGUUGUUUAAAAUGUCCUUAUUUUGUACAUGGACAUCUUUUUAAUGAGUUUACAAAAUAAAAUGAACCUCCAUGCUGUGACUUUCGACCUUUUGUUUCUAGGUGAAUAAAAUUAAA